GCAAUUUUUACCCAUUUAGCAACUUUGAAUGUCUCUUCAAACACCUUUAGAAACUAAUAGAGCAACCGAGCUCGAUCGGUUGUUGGCACUUGUGACACCCAAGAUCCUCCAGCAUAUCGAGGAGUCGGACCCCAGUUCUCUGAACUUCAAACAAAACGCCCUCGGACAAUACAGAUCACCAGCUGAGGUGAAGAGCCAUUUUGCUCAGUUUAACAGCGACUUUGAGCCCAUCAAGAACGAUGAGCAAAAACUCCAGCACUUGAUCAACUCGGUGUUGGAUGUGCUGGUGAAUACAUGGAAUCCAGGUUUUUUGGAUAAACUCUACGCGUCCAAUAAUCCCAUUGGCGUGAUUUCAGACCUCAUUUUAUCGGUAUUAAACACCAAUUCACACGUUUUUACGGUGUCGCCGGUGCUCUCAGUGCUCGAGAACUACGUGGCCCGCGAGUACGGGCGGCUUUUUUUUAAGGACCACCAGGACACCUGUGGUGGGUUGACCUUCAGCGGAGGGUCUUGGUCCAACAUCACAUCGUUGCAGAUGGCGCGGGCGUUGCUCUAUCCUGACACCAAGAUCCAGGGAAAUGGCCUGCACCGGUUCGCGGUGUACACAUCGAAACACUGCCAUUACUCGGUGGAAAAAGCCGCUAUUCUUCUCGGGCUCGGGUCUGGCAGUGUGUUCAAAGUUGCUGUCAACGACGACGGGACAAUGCACCACGAGAGCCUCGAGGCAGCAAUCACCGACUCUAUUGCCCAAGGGUUCACGCCGUUAUAUAUCAAUGCCACCGCCGGUACUACAGUAUUUGGGUCGUUCGAUGCGUUUGCACCCAUUUCCCGCAUCGCCCAAAAGUACCGCGUGUGGUUCCACAUCGACGGAUCGUGGGGCGGUAACGUGGUGUUUUCGCGCCGCCACCGCCACCGCCUCGACGGGUGCCACACGGCCGACUCCAUCACUGUUAACCCCCACAAAAUGCUAGGGGUGCCAACCACAUGCUCAUUUCUUCUCGUGCCACAUGUGGGUAAGUUCCAGCAGGCCAUGUCACUAGACGCCCCGUACCUCUUCCACGGCAGAGAAAGUGAUGAGGAGAACUUUGAUCUCGCGGACGGUACUAUGGGGUGCGGCCGCCGCGCUGACUCGUUCAAGUUGUACAUGGCCUGGAAGUACUAUGGCACCCGCGGCUUCGAGCAGAGGGUCGAUCACGCGUACGACACGGUGCGGUACUUUUUGCAGGCGACCCGCCAACAUCCCAACUUCGCAGUAGUGGGAGAUCCCGCGUGUUUGCAAGUGUGCUUUUACUACCGUCCCAAAUCCUAUGAGGGAGAUGAUCUCACCCCCGUCACUAGGUAUAUUUCACGAGAAUUGCACACCCAGGGUCGAUACCUCGUUGACUUCUCACCUCACCCACAGGCGGGGGCCCAGGAUGAACAGGGUGAGUUUUUUCGGGUGGUAUUUAACUCGCCCAUCCUUACGGAUGCCAUUAUUGAUGAUCUUGUGACUGCUAUUGUCAAAGCUGGGGAAGCGUUCGAACGCGACCAGAGGAAAAUCUAAACCGGAACCGCGAGUAAAAUACCACCUUGAAACGAGCCUUGAUGUUGCAUAAGUGGCACGAGGAUUUCAUCAAGGCACUUUUGCACCUGGCCCCUCUUCCUAGUGGGUCCGGAGGAAAGGGUGGUGGUAGAUCAUAUAAGGCUGGUGGAACACAUGACUACAACCCAUUGCAAAGGUGGGUUGCAACCUUAAUUUAGAUUCUUAUCAAGUUGCAAUCAAUAGUCAUGUUGCAUUUUGACUGGCAGAUUGUCGGAUAAAAUACAACAUGAUGGAAAUUUGUAUCUAAUAAUUUGCUUGAGUACUAAUGUAACAUGAAUGCGCAAAUCAAGGUGGCAUUUUUUUCUUAAAAGUAA